UGUGCAAUGUAGUUUGGAUUUGAUACGGAGUACAGACCAGACCGGCAACACGAGAUUGAAUGUUUGUAAACAAAGAUCGCUAAAAUAAUUCCGGGUCACCACUCGGCCGCGGAAUUAAGUAACGUUAUUUAAAAAUAGACUGAACCAUAACUGUGUAGAAACAGUUAGCUAGAUAACUAUGGCCAAAUCGUGUUGUGUUUUGGACUAUAAUGCCAAAUGUAAUCAGGCACACAGCAGAUUGGGCCUUUUCCGAUUCUUCAAAGGGAGGGUAGCUAACCCAGGUCCUACAGUCCGUUUACAGGACGGUCUCGGUUUUGACAGGCGCUUGGCACAGUCAAUGACAGCUGACACAGAGACGCCAGACAUAAGUUUCGAAGUGUCAGAGGGGGGGUUCAUGACUCAUGUCUCCUGUCCUUCACAAACGUUUUUGCAGCUAACGUUAGCUAAUAAACACCAGGGUUUGUAGAGAAACACAGAGUUUGUGGACGGAUCCUGCAACAUGACAGACUAUCAUGCGUUUAAAUAUCUUCGAUAUUGCUUCGGUGAAGCUCAGUCAAGCUUUAUUUAACGUUAGACAUACAGGGAGCAAGCCCAUAUAUGCAACUACACUUUAGAAACAAGCCCCCAAAAAACAUAACCUGGACUGCCAAUAUUUGUAAGCGACUUUACAGAAAAACAAGCCCAAAGUCGUUUAUAAUAAGCGGACUUGGCAACGCUGGCCAUCCGGAAGUAAGUUCUUUGUUGUUCUGACGUCACACUGAUUUCAUCUAUAGCGUUCGAUUCUGAGAAAAGUCUGAUUACUAAAAUAAGCAAUCAUAUUUGCUAGUACUGCAGCAUGGGUGACUUAUAGGCUAAUGUAACAUAUACCAUAUGGGUGGACUGCGUUGAAGCAUAUGAAGGAGUGGGCGUUGUUUGAAAAGGAAAUCGAAAGUUUACUUUGAAUAAUAACACCUAUACUUCAUUUGAUCGAGGAGGUGUAUCGCCGCAGACACAAGUAGAGCUACACACAUCAGUGAUCUCGCCUGGCAGUUCCGGACGAAAUCUCAAGAGCAGCAAUCUGUCCUCACUGGAUAAAAUGAAGCGAGACCGGUUGUUUUGCGGGUUUUGCCAUUCUUCUAAAGAGUCACAUAUCACAGGACCUCUUUUAAACAAAGACGAUGUGGUGGCUCACAGUAAUUGCCUGUUUUACUCGUCUGAUAUUAUAAACAAAAAUACGCCUGAUGAUGAUGAUCUGAUGGGAUUCCUCCCCGAAGACGUGAAGAAGGAAAUCAGAAGGGGAAGUAAACUGAAGUGUGCCAAGUGCAAAAGAAGUGGAGCCACUGUUGGGUGUGAGGUGAAGAGGUGUAAAAGGAGUUACCAUUACCCAUGUGCUCUGGAGGCCAACGCAGAAAACAUUGAGGAUGUUGACAAAGGCAUUUUUAAGAUAUAUUGCUAUUUGCACAAGACAAAGGAUGACCGCAACGACAGUGACAGCUCUAUGGAGAGGAAAAGACCUCGUCUCUCCAAUGGGCCUGCAGUGAAGAGGACACUGGUCUAUGAUUCUUCCGCCUCAGAUGAAUGCCAAAAUGGCCUUGACCCUGUCCUGGGACCACUGGAGUCUGACUUGGACGACAGUAGAGAGUUGGGAGAAAAUUCACCAAUCCUGGGGGAAACUGCAAGAGACGUGACGGAUGAACCAAAGCCCUCAAUCUCCGGGGCUAUCCAGCACGACGAAGCAAAGAAGGAAGCAAAGAGUACAGCAAAACCACAAACUGCUGAGGAGAAUAAGACAAAGACCCCUGAUUCGCAGCGGAGGACUUGCUGGGUUGACCUAACAAACACUCAAGAAUCAAAAGAUGGGGAAGCAGAUGAGACUGAUAUUGACUCGGAUCAAGAGUCUGAGAGCCUACUGGUGCCGCUGAAGAUCACAAAAGUGAUGUCAAUCAAACUGGACCACUCACGUGCCGAUGCUCACAACCAACAGUCAAACCUGCCCCUGCCUGCUACACCCAGUCCUCCAGAGCCAGUGCCAGCAGCCUCAGCGAGUGGCUCUAAGGCCAGGGCCCAGGGUCCCUCCACGGCGGCCCAGGGUCCCUCCAUGGCGGCCCAGUUCUGGAGGAAGUGCUGUGAAGCUGGCUGUGUAGAGACCAUAUUCCAACCCUUCAUUUCUGCCAUGACCGCCAUUUCAGAAAGGAUCAUGUCUGAGCAGGCCAGCGAGGAAGACUUCGCCCUGUCGUUCAGAGUGCUAGAAGCCUCAGGAAUGCUACAAGACAUACUUGUCCAAAAAGACAGAGCUCCACCCAAUGGGGGAGGUGAGAGAAGGAGGUGAAGACGGGGUAAUUGAGAAAACGUGAAGUAGGCAAAUGGAAUGUCCUUGGUCCUUCAAAUGUCAGUUCGAAGCAGUGGCAUAUGGGUUAGUUACAGACGUGGCAUGUGGGGAGAGGUGGAUCUACAGGUCAAUCAUUUAUUGCUGAAUGACAUUUUGGAGGGGUGACAUCUGAUGAAAUGCAAAAAGAUUCCCUAAUUUGGGUUUUUUUCCCGAGGGGCACGUAUGAAAAUGCUAAAUUAACACUUUAAUUUUCCUAAAUAAUGUUACAUUACAUUACAUGAAUGGCAUUUGGCAGACGUGUUUUCUUGCUCAAGAAAACUUUGGGAGCCUCCCAAACAACAAAUAACAAUGUGAAAGGAGUUGAAAAUAGGCGAUUCAAAUUAUCCUUCCGUAACGUC